CUUUUUUUUGGUGGAAGAAAGUCACCGGAACGCGCUCGAAGUCGAAGUUAAUACCGAAGGGCCUCCUUGUCCCAUUCUCUGGCCACUCAGAAGGAGCCCUCUCGCUUCUGGCUGUUGAACAGGAUGGCCGCUGAGGAGCGGCACCUGCCCUCCAGCUGUGGCUCAUACAUAAAGACAGAGCCGUCCAGUCCGUCCUCACUGGUGGACACGGCCAGCCACCCAAGUCCCGGGGCACAUUCAGACGCCAGUGGCGGCUACGGCAGUGCCAUUCACAGCCACUCCAACGGCCUUGACUCUCCGCCCAUGUUCACGCCGGCCGGACCUCUCGGUGCAGCGGGGAGCGGCUGCCGCAAGCGCUAUGACGACUGCUCCAGCACGUUGCUUGACGACUCGGGCCCAAUCAAGUGCGAGUACAUGCUCAACUCCAUCCCCAAACGGCUGUGUCUGGUAUGCGGAGACAUCGCUUCUGGCUACCACUAUGGCGUGGCCUCCUGCGAGGCCUGCAAAGCCUUCUUCAAAAGGACCAUACAAGGUAACAUAGAGUACAGCUGUCCAGCCACCAACGAGUGUGAGAUCACGAAGCGAAGACGCAAGUCCUGUCAAGCCUGCCGCUUCAUGAAGUGUCUGAAAGUUGGCAUGCUAAAGGAAGGUGUUCGUCUGGAUCGUGUCCGAGGAGGCAGACAGAAGUAUAAGAGGAGGAUUGACACAGAGAACAGCACCUACUUGGGCCUCACCCUGCCACCUCCAGCAAAGAAACCAUUGACAAAGAUCGUGUCCCACCUGCUGGUAGCAGAACCAGAGAAGAUCUAUGCCAUGCCAGAUCCCACCAUGCCCGAGAGUGACAUCAAGGCACUGACCACGCUGUGUGAUCUCGCUGACCGCGAGCUGGUCGUCAUUAUCGGCUGGGCUAAGCAUAUCCCAGGUUUUUCCAGCUUGUCUCUGGGAGAUCAGAUGAGUUUACUGCAGAGCGCUUGGAUGGAGAUCCUGAUCCUGAGCAUCGUCUUCCGCUCGCUGCCCUACGAGGACGAGCUGGUUUACGCUGAGGACUACGUGAUGGACGAAGAGCACUCCCGGCUCACAGGCCUGCUGGACCUCUUUGUCUCCAUCCUGCAGCUCGUCCGCAAGUACAAGAAGCUGAAGGUGGAAAAGGAGGAGUUUGUCACACUCAAGGCCAUCGCUCUCGCCAACUCAGACUCCAUGCACAUAGAGGACGUGGAGGCGGUUCAGAAGCUGCAGGAUGCUCUCCAUGAAGCGCUGCAGGACUAUGAGAACAGUCAGCACGCAGAGGACCCACGGCGGGCAGGCAAGCUGCUCAUGACCCUGCCCCUGCUGCGGCAGACUGCCACCAAGGCCGUGCAACACUUCUACAGCAUCAAGGUGCAGGGCAAAGUGCCCAUGCACAAACUCUUCCUGGAAAUGCUGGAGGCCAAGGUGUGAACAGGCGGGGCUUUGACGGCGAGGACGUUAAGAGACACACUAACUGAAGAGAGACAAGAGGAGAGACACACUGUUGAUUGACAAGCAGGUUACAGACUCACCUCUCUCCCUCUCUGUGUUUUCGAAUCUCUGUCUCCCUCUAUCUCUCUCACGGACACGAGAUGUUUUUAAAGAACAACCUUAAAAAAUAAGCAAAAGGAAA